CCGCAGUUGUCUGAGUGCGAUUCUCAUGUCCACGUCCCAGUUGCUCUCCUGAGCACCUGCCGUCCACCAGACCAACGCGAAGACAAGUACAGGCCUCGCCCGGCCCACACUGAAUGGAUGAAACGCACUGACAUUUUCGCUCCUUUAAAGGGGGAAGAGAGUGAGGCAGACUGUGGCCUCUAGAGCAGCAGAGUGGGGUGCUCUGGGGGAAGCACACCAGCCACCCCACCCGGCGACAGCCCCUGAGGCCGACAGUGGCCACUGUCCCCACGCACAGGGCUUGGGGAUGACUGCAUGAUCUUUAGGCUGAGGCUAAAGGGGGAAAAGCCCUUCCUCCUUCUGGCAGAGGAGGAGGCGGGGAGAAGGGCUGCGCCCCGCCCGCCCAGGAGCAGAGGUCCCGGCAGGGCACUGGGUUCAGGGCUCAGGAGCGCACGGGAAGGCAGGAGGGGACUGGGAGUGAUGAGAACUUCUCCCCUUUCGGAGUUCCAGCCGGAUUUCUGUUUGUCCAGAUAAAAGCUCCGUAUAAUGAGCACUGACAUGCGGAUGGUAAUUACCAACACAAAACAAAACUAAAACCCACCCACCCCCGCGAACCCUCAUGUAAGGGCAGAAGCCUGAGCCGUGGGGGCCGGUCCCUGUGACCGCGGAGAAGAAGGGAUGCUGAGUGGGGACGCCGGGCGUCCACAUGGUCACUGCAUCGAAGGGCUCGGGAUUCUUCCCACUGCAGGGGCCGUCCGGCUUCGUGGCGGCGCUGACCGGGUGGAAGGCACAGUGGAGGUGUACGCCAACGGCGCGUGGGGCGCAGUCUGCAGCAGCCACUGGGACGACGCGGAUGUUGCGGUCGUCUGUCACCAGCUGCAGCUGGGGAGAAAGGGCGUGGCAGAGCACACCCCGCUGUCCGGGCUGGGCCGCAUCCCCGUUCACUGGAGCGGCGUCCGCUGCCGAGGAGACGAGGGGGGCCUCCAGCUGUGCGCCAGGGACCUGCACGAGGGCCGCGUGGAGCUCUACCACGCCGGCCGGUGGGGGACCGUCUGCGACGACCAGUGGGACGACGCCGACGCGGAAGUCAUCUGCAGGCAGCUGGGCCUCAGUGGCGUCGCCAGAGCGUGGACGCGGGCCUACUUCGGGGAGGGGUCCGGCCCGGUGCUGCUGGACGAAGUGCGCUGCACCGGCAACGAGCUGGCCAUCGAGGAGUGUCCGAAGGGCUCCUGGGGCGAGCACAACUGUGGCCACGGAGAGGACGCCGGGGUGUCCUGCACCCCUCUGACCGACGGCGUCCUCAGACUCGCAGGGGGGAAGGACAGCCACGAGGGCCGCCUGGAGGUGUACUACGGGGGCCAGUGGGGGACGGUCUGUGACGACGGCUGGACGGAGCUGAACGCGCACGUGGUGUGCCGGCAGCUGGGGUUCAGUGAGGAGGUGGGCGUGGCCUGUGCCCCGCGCGGCGAGGGACACCGGCCGUCUCUGGGUUUCCCCAUCAGACUGGUGGACGGAGAAAAUGAGAGAGAGGGGCGCGUGGAGGUUUUCCUCCAGGGCCAGUGGGGAACCAUCUGUGACGACGGCUGGACUGACCGGGACGCGGCUGUGACCUGCCGGCAACUCGGCUACAGGCAUUUGAAGCGGCAGGAGCAGCGGGGCUGUGUGUGCCCGCCUUGGCCUGAGUGUCAUUCCUCCCCUUUCCGCCCAGCGCCCGUCCCCGGCUGUGGGCUCCGACCGCUGCACCGUCGGCAGAAGCGCAUCGUUGGCGGGAAGAACUCGCUAAGUCUCAGGUACGGGAACGGCUCGCGGAGCUAUGCUGUCCGGGUCGGGGAUUACCACACGCUGGUGCCCGAGGAGUUUGAAGAAGAAAUCGGAGUCCAACAGAUUGUCAUCCACGGGGCGUACCGGCCGGACAGCAGUGACCACGACAUCGCCCUGGUCAGCCGCUUCACCGGAAGGAUGCUCUGCGCCGGGAGCCUCCACGGACACAGCCGCGUGGACAGCUGCCAGGGGGACAGCGGCGGGCCCCUCGUGUGCGAGCGGCCGGGAGCCGGCUGGGCCGUGUACGGGGUGACCUCCUGGGGCUAUGGCUGUGGGGCCAAGGGUUCGCCCGGCGUUUAUACCAAAGUUUCAGCCUUUGUACCUUGGAUAAAAAGUGUCACCAAACUGUAAUUGGUGGAACCCUCAAGGAAAUAGUACUUAAAAAACGUGUUGGCAACUUUCAACCUCAGCGUUGGUCCUCAGCCCGAGAGGCCCAACGGGGCCCGAGGUCCCGGUGUGCUGUGAUAGGACUGUGUCCCCUCGGCUGCCUGGGAGGACUUGUGGCGUGGACGUUUCUGUAGAACCUCCAUGUGGCACUGAUUACCCUGAAUUGGCAUUGCCGCCUCCCAAGCUGGUUCCACUGGGGACUAAGUUUAUUCUCAUUUGAACCUUACUGAACUCUUUUCUCAGAAUCCUGGGUAUUACUGUAUAUACUGAUUGUGCAAUAACGCUGUUUUUACCUUUAUUUGGAGAACUUAUAACUGAACCAGUGAUAUAUGGAUUCAUAUUAAGUGCCCAUGUUUGACGGAAAAAAUACUCAUUACCUCACUCAGA